AUGAGUUCUACAUUAGUGUUUAUCCUAAUUAUCACUCUCUUUAAUCCAACUUUAGCAUACAUCAAAUAUGAUUCUGGAUAUUUCACAUAGAUGGAUUAUCGUGUUGAUGGAUUUGACUGUUUGAAUUCAUUUUCUAAAUCAUACACUAUUCCUUUUACAGGAAAUUUUCAGAAUAUCCCUUAGGUAUUUUUGAUCUUGGAAAUAAUCGAUAUGCAUUGGGGUUCUUCAGAAUUCUAAAUGUCCAUCACAAGCAUUACUUUGAUAAGUAAGUGUUAAAUUUAUUUUAGACUUUGAUGUUUUCAUUAAAUGUACCACUCAAGAAAUCUUCACCGUCUGUUUCACAUGGUAUGCUAUUGAUGAUAACAGAAUCCAAGUUAUUAAUAGUUUUAAUUUAGCAGAUCCUCCUACAAGUAAGAUUUUCAAUCAUUAAUUGUCUAAUGCAGUAUCUGCAAUUGUUAGUCCAAUAAGUCUAUCAUUAAUUGGCCAACUUGAUUUUGUUGCUUCUGUAAUAUUAAUUUAGUUACAAUAGGUAUCAUAACUUACUUCAGCAACAGUUACAAUUUCUAUUAGUUAUGUUGCAGGAAAAUUUGAAAACCUAAAAUAAUUAGGUUACUAAAUUAUUUUAGGAACUGAUCAAAUGUUAAAUAUUAUUGAAACUAAAGUUAUCACAUCAAUUUACACUAGUGGAGAAUUUGCAAGAUAAAAAAAUAGUUGGCUUUUGGUACCAGUUGUAGGCUUACAAUAUUCAAUUACUGUAUAUAAUCUUAAGAUCACAAAAUCAUAUACAUAAACAAUAUCUACAGCAUCUUUUUCGGUUUUUGAAGGGACUAUGUGUCCUAAUACAUUUUAAAAAGUCUGGCUAGCAUACAUUUUAUAUAGAGCAAUGGAAUGUUAAGGUAUGAGAAUUUCAUCCAAGUUUGAUUGUGAAGCAUCGGCUAGAGGGCCUUUUUAUAUAUAAAUUGAAGAAACAAAUUAAAUUUUCAAUUCUAUUGGUGUAUUUUCAACUACUAUUAGUUCAAUUUAUACAUCUCUCCAAAUAAAUAUUAUUGCUAAAUGUUAAAAUGACAAAAACAUGUCAAGCAAGUUUCACAAAUGCAAUAGCUGUGCUUCUAAUUAAAAAACUUAUUUGUUGAAUCAUUAUUGCAUUCCAAAUAUUAAUUAAAUCUCAUAUUUUACUAGAUUUAACAUCGUUGAAUCGGUUAAUUAACAACUUUCUAUCACUAUUACUGAUACAAGUUGCUUGAUUGAAUAGCUACUCGAUAAUUCAUAAGUUCCAAUAGUUAACAUUGUUGAUGUUUAAUUAGUCCAGUUUUGA